GAUGUAUAUGAAGGCCGUGGCAUUUUAACAAAGCAAUUGGUAUUGUUAUCUGACUUGAAGACCGAAAUAGAUGAUGAGACUUACCUGAAAUCUGUAAUCGAACUAAUCAAAGAGAAUAAAAUAUAUUUUUAUGCUUUGGGUCCAAAGUUACAGAAAUCCACAUGAGAAACAACCAUGGAACGAACCUCUAACAAUCUGUUCAAGUUUAAAGAUACCUUCAAGCAUGGUAAGAAUGUUACAUACCGAUAAGAAGAUUAGUUUUUCACGUAGAGCAAGAUAUGUAAUUAGGAAAUAUGUAAGUGCUGAUGAUUCCAGUGUUUCAUAUGAUCGAAAAGAUUUGAUAAGGUGUGUGAAGAGGUGUGACAGGUUGAUCCCAAUCAAAAGCGAGAGCAUGUUUUAUGUUGAUUCUUUCAAAGAGUUUGUCCUUUAUGGUUUUAUAGAUGACAACUUAAUGGAGCAUUAUUUGAUAAAUGAUAAUAGUAACGGUUCAUAUGUAGUUAAACCCAAAACCAGACUGAUGAAAUACUUAAUUUUGGAAGCAAAGCGUUUGAAGAAGUACGGACUUGCGAGACGCGUUUAUGUCAAAAACAACGUUCCAAAGUACUACGCUUUAAUACCAUGCACCGAUGAAAACGUGCCGUAUUUUAUCAUGACCAGAUUGCCAUACUUUCAAGACAUAAGACAGGAGUUUAAAGAAAAAGAUCCCAAAGAUGUCAUAAAAGUAGAAAUAACGGACGAAGUAAAGAAUUUUUUGAAACAAAUGGAAAUUGAGAAUAAUUUUACGUUGUCACCUUGUAUGAUGAUGUCAGAAGUUUUAUUGAAAUUCGCCAACGUUUAUUUGAGUAAGGAGAAAAAGGACGUGGAUUAUUCGACGGUGGAUUUACCAAAUUCUGUGGAAUGUGAUGUUACAAUUCAAAAACUUCUUAAUUCGUUACCGUCGUUUCAUAGGAAAAAGGAAAAGGAAACUGAUCAAUAAUUAU